AUGGUGCCUCUAAUAUUUCUCGUUUUUGUUGUGUUUGGAAAAGGUGAAAGUAACAUGUUAGAACAACAACACGAUGACUGUAUCUGGCAAGUCUAUGAUUGUUACAAAGAAUUAACACCAAUUUAUAAUGCUAUACAAAGUUUUAAUCUAGAACCAUUGUCCAAGGGAAGAAACCUUAUUAAUAUUUGCAGACAAUUACCAUUGGCCAUGCAGUGCCAGAAUGCGUACAAGUGUGAUGCCAGUGAGAGCACUAAGAAAUACCUUCAAUCUUCAACAGAGAUAUACAAUUUUGUAUGUAAUGAACGAGUUGCAAUAAAAAUGGAAAGAAAAUGUUGGAAGAAUUUGAAAUACAAACAAAGUUUAAAGGAAUGUACGUCAGAGUUUAAACUGAAAUCUCAAAAUGAGGUCUGCAGUGAUGUCAGUAUUCUGAAGAAUUGUUUAUCAGAUAGACUUAGCGCUAUAGACGAUUGUUCUGUUUUGGCUGAAAUAUUUCUCGAUUACCUUGUCGAUAAAGUUAGUGUACAUUUCAUAGGCAAUGCAUGUUAG